AUGAAGUUCUCUCGUUCGGUUCUCUCUACUGCCCUUUCUCUGGCACUGGCUUCUCCUUUGCUACAGUACAUACCAGAUCAGAUUCUGGCCUCUUCUUUUUCCUUCCACUCUUCGAAUGAUUUUCCCGAGUACGCUCUAGCCACCAAGGAGAUCGAUCCCGCUUCUUUAGGACUCGAUACCGUGUCUCAGCACUCUGGCUACCUGGAAGUCAAGUCUUCGGGCGAAAACCUCUUCUACUGGGCGUUUGAGUCUCGAAACGACCCCUCCAAGGACCCUGUUGUUCUGUGGCUUCAGGGUGGACCGGGAUCAUCGUCCAUGUUUGCACUGACUUUUGAAAACGGCCCCUCGUGGUUCAACAACCCCGAAAUCACGCCUGUUCACAACCCCUGGUCAUGGAACAACAAUGCCACAAUGAUUUAUCUUGAUCAGCCUGCUGGAGCGGGUUUCUCCUACGUUUCUGCUGGCGGAACCGCGGCCCGAACCUCCAAGGAGGCUGCCAAAAGCGUCUUUGCUUUCCUUACCCUCUUUUUUGAAAAGUACAUGCACCUUCCGCGAAAAAUCCACAUUUCGGGCGAGUCUUAUGCUGGCCAUUAUGUUCCUCAAACGACUCUGGAAAUCUUGCGAACUACCAACAAGACGUUCCAUGUGGAAUCGAUGCUCUGCGGAAACGGAAUGACGGACCCCUUGAAUCAGUACACCGAGUUUUCUGUCUACGGCUGUGACUCUCAAGCCUCAGGAGUGUCCCCUGCUCUCUACAGCAACGAAACCUGCCAACAAACCAAGGCUGCGCAGGAUCGAUGUAUCCCUCUGAUCCAAAAGUGCUACGAUACAGGUACCAAUGCAGACUGUAGUUAUGCCACGUCCCUAUGCAAUGCUGAGAUACUCUCUCUGUUCGAUAACAAAAAGAACAUCUACGACGUCAGACGACCUUGUGAACCUUCUAAGAGCGGAACAUGCUACAAGGAGUCCGACUACGGAGAAGCGUUCCUCAACAACCAAACCACUCGAGACGCCAUUGGAGCAGUUGUGCCCUGGAAGGCCAACAACCGAACUGUCUACAACGACUUCACCGCCUACAGCGGAGAUUGGAUGAGACCCGACAGUGUUCGAGCCGUGACGGAGAUUCUCAACGGCUACAAUGUGCCUGUUCUUAUUUUCGCCGGAGACAAGGACUUCAUCUGCAACUGGCUGGGCCAGAAGAAAUGGCUUGAUGCCCUGCCUUGGGACGGUCAUGCCAAGUACCUCAAGGCUAGAGAACGGCCCUGGAAGGUUAACCAUCAGAGCAGAGGUGUGUUGAAGCAGUUUGGUAAGCUCUCCUUUCUGCGAAUCUUCGAGGCCGGCCACAUGGUUCCUCAUGACCAGCCCGAAGCUGCUUCUUACAUGCUUCAAGAGUGGCUCACAGAGACGCUGGGCAUCUGGGAUUACAAGGACUAUGAGUGGGGUCACGAUGGGCAUCAUUUAAAAUAG